UAGAGCCAAUAAAGAAAAAAGAAAAAGAAAAAAGGAAAAAAAAUCAAUAGCUGUUGGAGGUUGAAACUCGAACCACAAGUAAACUCAUGGCCUGGAAACACAAUGGGACGGAGAGAUGAGUACCUGCGUUUCCUCUCCUUAUUCUCUCGCCGCUGCCUCUGCGACGGCGGCCACCGCCAUAUUCCGCCGCCGCGGCGCCGCAAUUUCUUUCUCCGUUCCUCCUCCUCACUGCCGCCAUGCUUUUACGCUCAGAGCGGCUGCGAACGACUCGAACAGCACCGAUCAAUUGACGGCGGAAUCCACCGUCGAACGAUCGGAGGCCGAUAAGAUCGUCGACGGCAUGGAUUUCGGCGAGCUUUGCAACGAAUUCGAGUGCAUCAGUAGUCCCUUGGUUGAAUCCACAGCCAGACAACUUGCGAGAGAUAUUCUUCAACUUCGCCAAGGCGAUCGCUCCCUCGGAAAUUUUGCUGUAUUUGUCAAGUACAAGGAUCCGGUUAGGAAAUUCACUGGUCGAGAGAAGUACAAAAGGCAAAUUUGGGUAAAGAGUGCGCUGGAGAAUCCAACUACGAGUGUGCAAGAAAUGGUGAUGGUAUCAACAGGAAUACUGAACAUCAAGUGGACAAUCAAAGGGAAGCCUAAAUCCUUGGUUGCAGCCAUAGGAGGAGAUCUGAUCAUCAAAGUUGAUUCACAGUUCACUCUAAACCAGAUCAGUGGCCAAGUCAUCGAACACGAAGAGCGUUGGGACGUGUCGGGUUCUUCCGCUGUUUCACAAGCCUUUUUCUGGGCGUCGCGCUAUCUCUUUGCCUCCGCCGAGGCAGGAAAAGACUUGGCCGAUUCUGUCAGCAGCCUCACAGGCCGAAUCUCUACUGAGAAACAGAACUUGGAGAUGUUCCCUGACCCUUCUGGUGAUCCUACCAAGUUCUUUCAAGGUGAGGACAACUUCCAAAGAGACGCAUACCAAUUUGCACUAUUGCUGGCAAUCCUCUAUUUCGUUGUACAAUUUUUGAGUGCCACACUGUAAAUGCAACAAAACUAAGGUACGCCCUGUAUUAUAUUCACUACCCAAAACGUUGUCGUUUAGAAUUAACAUAUAUAUCUUAAAACAGAAAUUAAUAUUUCAGUCAAAAUCAAAUUAUUCAUUA